AUGGGCUUAUUUGGUACUUCAAGCUCCGAAAAUAUGUCUGAAGUUCUCGUCGUCACCUCAGCCAGCGGCCGACAGAAUGCCCACCUGCUACCGCUUCUUGUAUCAUCCAAGCGCUUCAAGCUCCGACUUAUAUCGCACUCAGAGGCCUCAGCCGACAAAUUUCGGACAAGAUAUCCUGGUGCCGAAGUUGUCGUCGCCGACUUGGCCUCUGUCGAUGCCUGUCGGGAGCUACUUCGUGGCGCUACUGCGGUCUACCACGCCGGCCCGAGCAUUCACUCCCGCGAGCGGGAGAUGGGAUUCAACAUGAUCGAUGCUGCUACUGCCGAGGCGCGCGAGCCUGGCAAUCAGUUUCGUCACUUUGUGUACUCUAGUGUGUUGGGUACACAGCACCGCAAGCUCAUGCAGCACGACCUGAAGAGCUUCGUGGAGGAACGUCUGAUGCUCAGCCCAAUUCCGUGGACGAUUCUGCAACCAACCAACUUCAUGGAUGCCUAUCCGGUUGCACACCUUGCCAGCAUGGAGAAUCCGUCGAUGGAACGACUCUGGAAACCCAAUAUGCCGAACAGCUUGAUCGCCCUCAGAGACCUCGCUGAGGCUGCUGCCAAGGUGCUGACUGAACGUGAGAAGCACUUCUAUGCGCAAUACCCUUUGGCUAGUACCCUGCCCACUACGGAUGCCGAGGUAUUCGAAGCGAUCAGCAAGAAGAUUGGGAAGGAAGUUCAAGUAAACACACCAACGUUUGAAAAGGGGGUUGAAAAUGCCUUAGCGAUGCUGUUUGGAGGAAACAGUAUGCUCUGCGCUGAGGGGGACCUGAGACCUGAUGUUACGAAAGAUGAAGCGGAGAGACUCAUUCUAUUCUACAACCGGUACAGCUUGGCUGGCAACCCGAACGUGUUGCGAUGGCUUCUUGGGCGUGAGCCAACUACAGUGGAGCAAUGGGUGAAGCUCCAGCUUGACGAGGCAAAGCUCAAAUAG